AUGUCACAGACGAGAGGUGGUGCCCAGGAGGACCUGGCCGGAGAAGCAGACAGCGUGGACAGGGAGGCAAUCUCCGGCACCGCCGAGGGAGGGAAAGGCACCUGGAGGCACGCUGCAUUCCAUGUGGCAACGACGAUCGCCACACCGGCGGCCUAUGCUCCGUUGCCCUUUGCUCUUGCAUCCCUUGGCUGGCCUCUCGGUGUUUGCAGCUUGGUCAUAGGGACACUAGUUACCUGGUGUUCUAGCUUGAUUGUUGCCUCUCUGUGGCAGUGGAACGGAGAGAAGCACACCAGCUACCGGCUGCUUGCAAAGAGCAUCUUUGGUCCCUGGGGCUACUGGUACGUGUCAUUCUUCCAGCAAGUGGCGUCAAUUGGCAACAACGUCGCAAUCCAGAUUGCUGCUGGCAGCAGCCUCAAGGCUGUCUACAAGCACUACUACACCAGUGAAGAUGGCGCCGCGGUCACGCUGCAACACUUCAUCCUUCUUUUUGGCGCAUUUGAGAUGUUCCUCUCCCAGCUUCCAGACAUACAUUCGCUGCGGUGGGUGAAUGCUACCUGCACCGCUAGCACCAUUGGAUUUGCCAUGACAGCCAUUAGCGUCACACUAUAUGAUGGACAUCGGAUUGACCGGAAGGAAGUUGGCUACAGCCUGCAAGGAACCACCGCAACUAAGAUCUUCAGAGGUUUCAAUGCACUGGGUACAAUAGCGUUCUCAUUUGGUGAUGCGAUGCUGCCAGAAAUUCAGAGCACUAUCCGAGAACCGGUCAGGAGGAACAUGUACAAGGGAGUCUCUACGGCGUACAUGCUGAUCAUCAUGUCCUACUGGACACUGGCGUUCAGCGGCUAUUGGUCUUUCGGAUCUGAAGUCCAACCAUACAUCCUGUCCUCCCUGACUGCUCCAGCAUGGGCAAUUGUAAUGGCAAACUUAUUUGCAGUGAUUCAGAUCACAGGUUGCUUUCAGAUAUACUGCAGGCCAACAUAUGCAUACUUUGAAGAGCGCAUUCAGGCGAAGAACACGAGGCGCAAAGCAUGGGUGUGGCGGCUGAUGUAUACCUCUGUGUACAUGGCGGCGAUCACCCUCGUUGCAGCGGUGAUGCCUUUCUUUGGGGACUUUGUAUCAGUUUGUGGAGCGGUUGGAUUCACCCCUCUGGACUUUGUGCUGCCAGCCUUGGCGUUUCUGAAGGUUGGGAACAUGCCAAAAAACCCGGGGCUGCGGCAAGCUAUCAAGGCCCUUGGAUCCACCGUCACCGUAUUUUUCUGUGUCGUUGGAGCUCUGGCAUGCAUCGGCGCCAUCAGAGCAAUUGUGCUCGACAUCAAGACCUACAAGUUCUUCCAUGACAUGUGA